AGUCGCCGCCGCCGAGAGGAGCUCGGUGGGCACGGGCGGGCGCGCCGCAGUGGCCGGUGUCUGUCCCGCUCCGCGUCCGCAACUUCCCGCAACAAAGUUAGGUAGCGGCUAACUGGCCCGGCGGCGAUGCAGUGCUCGGCGGGGGCCCAGCCUUAGUGCUGCCCGUGCCGCCGGUUCUCGCGUUGGGGUUACCCAUUUAACCUCCCCCUUUCCUCUCCACCCCCGGUGCGAUCGCCGCGGCCGCUCGCGGGGAUGCGGGCACGGCGCUAAGCAGUCCGCCAUGGAGGGGCCGAGCGGGUCCAGCUUUGGGAUAGAUACGAUCCUAUCGGGCGGCAGCUCCGGUAGCCCCGGAGUCAUGAACGGAGACUUUCGCCCCCACGGCGACGGCCGGCAGGCGGAUUUUAGGAGCCAGGCCACACCGUCGCCCUGCUCGGAGAUCGACACGGUGGGGACGGCGCCGUCGUCGCCCAUCUCGGUGAGCAUGGAGCAUCCCGAGCCGCACCUAGGGGCGGCGGAGAGCCUCCCGCCGCCGCCGCACCACCUCCACCUCGGCCCGCAUCCACCGCCGCCGAGUUUGCAGCCGUCACCCCCGCAGCCACCACCGCCCCAACUGGGCUCGGCCAGCUCCGGCCCCAGGACUUCCACCUCUUCUUUUUUAAUUAAGGACAUUUUGGGCGACAGUAAACCGCUAGCGGCGUGUGCACCUUACAGUACCAGCGUCUCUUCUCCCCAUCACACCCCUAAGCAGGAGGGCAGCGCGGCCCCGGAGACCUUCAGGCCCAAACUGGAGCAGGAGGACGGCAAAGCCAAGCUCGACAAGCGGGACGACACGCAGGGCGACAUCAAAUGCCACGGGACAAAGGAGGAGGGCGACCGGGAGAUCACCAGCAGCCGGGACAGCCCACCGGUGCGGGCAAAGAAACCGCGGAAAGCGCGGACCGCCUUCUCCGACCACCAGCUCAACCAGCUAGAGCGCAGCUUCGAAAGGCAGAAGUACCUGAGCGUGCAGGACCGCAUGGACCUGGCGGCCGCCCUCAACCUCACAGACACGCAGGUGAAAACCUGGUACCAGAACCGAAGGACGAAGUGGAAGCGACAGACGGCGGUGGGCCUGGAGCUGCUGGCUGAAGCCGGGAAUUACUCGGCGCUGCAAAGGAUGUUCCCCUCGCCCUAUUUCUACCAUCCUAGCCUGCUGGGCAGCAUGGACAGCACGACAGCUGCAGCGGCGGCCGCGGCCAUGUACAGCAGCAUGUACCGGACUCCCCCCGCGCCGCACCCCCAGCUGCAGCGGCCGCUGGUGCCGCGGGUGCUGAUCCACGGGCUGGGGCCCGGCGGGCAGCCGGCCCUCAAUCCCUUGGCCAACCCCAUGCCCGGCACCCCACAUCCCCGGUGAAGCGUCACCGCGGUCCCCGCAAUGAGCCCUUCCCCUCCCCGUCCCCCCAAAAAGCCCCAGCACCGCAGAGGAGGAAGCGAGGAGAAACCGAGGGGCAGGAGCUUCUGCACGCAGCCACCGGCCACCGAGGGAGGCGAUCAGUCAGAGCAGGGACUCUUGAACCGUGAACCCAGAGCCGAGCCCGUAAGUGAAAAGACCACACGCGAGGGAAGGCGGGCAGAGCCGCGGGGCGACCCGCCGACCUCGGCUCCUGCUAGGCAGGACUUGGAGCUCGGAAAGAGAGAGGGACUGAGGGGGAGGAGGUGAGGUAAAGGGAGCCCAAACCUGCCGAAGGGACUAACGGCUGCAGAGGACGGAGGGAAUGAGAACGCCUCGACCCCCGCCCGGCGGAGAAGACCGGGGGAAACGGAGAACUUUGCACUGAUUUUUCUCAUGACUGUUUUUUUUUUUUUUCUUUUUCUAAUUUUAUUUUAUUAUGUUUUUCUUAUUGAAAAGUGGCAUGCUCCCUAAUGCGAAGAGAAUUGUACAAACCGAGUGCUGAGUGCUAUAUCAUAUUUAUUAUAUGUCGUACAAGAAAAAAAAAGGAAAAAAAUUCACUUCUAUACGUUAGUUUAAAACGAACGAAAGUGAUUCUCCCCCCUCCCUUUUCAUGUCUUUUUGGAUUCAGUAAAAUAAAUGCUUAGAUGACAAAAUAUAGAUUUUUUUUGUGAGUGAAAAAUUACAGGGAAAAAAAAGAAUAAGAAGAAAAAAAAAGGAAAUAAACUUUAUCUUUUUUUAACAAAUGUGUAAAUUCAAGGUAGCUAAUUUUCCCCGUGACGAAAACGCAAGAAAUGCGUGGCAAAUGCUACUUAAUUUUUGAAUUUUAUUUUAUUUUAGACUUGUUGUUUGAUAACUGGCGUUAUUUUUCCCAAUCUGUAUUUGAAAGGAAAAAGAAACCCUCUCGCAGCUGUCGCGCUCUUCGCCAUUAUUUAAGCACCUGGGCUGGGCAAUGGUGUGUUUCCCGGGAAGGCGGCGGGGAGAGGCUGCGACCCGGCGGGCGGCCCCGGCCGACUACGGUCAUGGCUCAUGCUCCUGGGGGUGGGCACGAAGGGGUCGUACCGGGCUUGGGGACGCGGCUCCUGCACGGCAGCUGUCUCCGCACCGAAUUGGGACAGACAGAGAGCGCCGGCAGUCGGGGUGAGUAACGAGGGGAAACAGGCAGGGAGGGCAGAGGGAUCCCAAUGGGCAGGGAGGUAGCUCCCGAGCCCAGUCGGCCUUUGAUCUUUGUUGCUGCCCCACCCCCGUCCUCUCUUCCCUUGGAAGGUAGCUUCUCUCUCAAGGGCCUCUCUUCUCUAUGCCUGCCCUGGCCACCCGGCCGCCGGUCCCCAGCGGGCAGAGGAGAUGCGGGCCGCGGCUAGGGGCUGUAAACCUCCACCGGGCUCCGGGGACGGCUCUGGCCCUAGCCUUUGGAGGUGAACACCCCCCUGCGAAAUUAGAAAGUUAUACAGCAAUUGCCUAUAAAACAU